AUGGGUAUAAUAACUGCCUCCCUAAUAGUCCUUACCAUCACCUGGAUCAUCCACUUUGUCUUCCGAAAGGGAAAAUUCAUCUACGACAAACUGACAGUAUUCCAAGGGCCUGCCGCCCUCCCACUCCUCGGAAACUUCCAUCAAUUCCACUUCUCUCCAGAGGAAUUCUUCGAGCAGAGUCAAGGGAUUGCCUAUAUGAUGAGAAAGGGGGAUGAGAGGAUAACAAGGAUUUGGUUGGGUGGACUGCCAUUCAUUUUGUUGUAUGGAGCAGAGGAGAUGGAAGCGGUUCUUGGGUCUCCGAAGAUGUUGAAUAAACCCUUUUUGUAUGGGUUCUUGAGUGCAUGGAUUGGAGAUGGACUACUUAUUUCAAAACCGGACAAAUGGCGUCCGCGUCGUAAACUCCUGACGCCCACAUUCCACUACGACAUUCUCAAAGAUUUCGUUGAGGUCUACAAUAGACACGGCCGAACUCUUCUCUCAAAAUUCGAGAACCAAUCAGAGACUGGCGAGUACAAAGAUGUCUUCCACACUAUCACUUUGUGCACUUUGGAUGUGAUUUGUGAGGCUGCAUUGGGUACUUCGAUAAAUGCUCAAAAGGAUCCAGACUCACCGUAUUUGGAUGCAGUCUUCAAAAUGAAGGAUAUUGUAUUCUAUAGAAUGUUGAGACCACAGAUGUACUUGACACCAAUUUUCAAGUGGUUCGGACCAGGAGCAGAACAUGACAGAUGUGUUAAGAUUCUCCACGAAUUCACCUCCAAAGCGAUCUAUGCCAGAAAAGCAAAAGUAGAUGCUGCUGGAGGAGUCGAACAGUUAUUAGCACAAGAGACAGCUGAAGGUAGACGGCGGAUGGCUUUCCUCGACUUGAUGUUGGAUAUGAACUCAAAGGGAGAACUGCCGAUGGAGGGCGUUUGUGAGGAGGUGGAUACGUUCACUUUUGAAGGCCACGACACAACAUCUGCCGCGAUGAACUGGUUCCUCCACCUGAUGGGUGCCAACCCACAAAUCCAAUCAAAGGUCCAACGGGAGAUAGACGAUGUUCUUGGAGAAGCAGACCGCCCGAUUUCAUACGAAGAUUUGGGAAAACUGAAAUAUCUGGAGGCUUGUUUCAAAGAGACCCUUCGUUUGUACCCAUCAGUCCCAUUGAUUGCAAGACAAUGUGUUGAAGAUAUUCAAGUCAGAGGGCAUACACUUCCAGCUGGAUCCGCUGUGGUUAUGGUACCGUCUAUGGUACAUAAGGACCCCAGAUAUUGGGAUGAUCCGGAGAUUUUCAAUCCAGAGAGGUUUAUUAGUGGAGAGCUGAAACAUCCGUAUGCAUACAUUCCAUUCAGCGCAGGAAGUAGAAAUUGUAUUGGUAUGAGAUUCGCAAUGAUGGAGGAGAAGUGCAUAUUGGCUAUAAUUUUGAAAAAUCUGAAAGUGAAGGCGAAACUGAGAACUGACCAGAUGCGAGUGGCUGCCGAGUUGAUUAUUCGACCAAUGUUUGGGAAUGAGUUGAAAUUUGAAAAACGAGAGUUUGGGGAUUAUACACCGAUUAUUGAUUGA